AUGGAGAAUCUCAUCAGCGAACAAGCUGUGCCCCCCUCCCAGGCAGUGGGACCCUGCAUGUCCAUUGGGCUGGCUGUGAGGAAGUACUGGAACAGCACACUGAAACUGGGAGCGCUCCAUCAGCAGCUAGUGACUGAGAAGAAAACUAACAGGAGGGACAUCUCUGCACUGAAGUCUACCCUGCAAGACGUGAAAGCUGAGAAUGAGCGUUUGAAAAGCUGCUCACCCAUGAUUUCAGAAUCAGGUGCAUCAUUAGCCAGUGCCCAGUCAACCCUCUCAUGUCUACCACAAACCAUCCAUGCGCCAGACUGUGAUUUCUCAGACACCUCGCAGCCACGGUCUGCAUAUGGUGUCACCAAGAAUGUCUGUAGUGUCCAUUCUCAAACAAUUGAGUCAUCUCUGGUGCCCUGUGAUGCAUGUGCAAGUGGCCAGGCCAGCCUCCAGGAGGUCGGUAAAGCCAUCAUCAGCAUCUGCCACAGCCAGAACAUCCCCUCGUCCCUGGGCAAAUUCCAAGAGAUGGUUGAGGAGACCCUAGGCAACAAGCCACUCACCGCUAUGGACAUGAGUUUCUGGGCAUCAGAACAGAGCAAAGACCUCUCCCGUAUCAACAAACAUCUUGGGGGGCUGAUGCAGCUGAUAAACCCUUUGAAGGCAGAGCUGGAAGAAUCUGAGAAACAGAAGGAUGAACUGAGGAAGCAGAUUGAGGACUUUGACAAGCUUCUUCAGAAGGAGAAGGAGACCCAGGAACGGCAGAGGAAGGAGGCUGAGCAGUACUUGGAGGAAAAGAUCAAAGAGAAUUUGCAGAUCACAGCCAAACUGGAGAAGGACAAGGAAGAUCUACGGACAGGAGCUGUUGUGCUGGAGGAGAGAAUUUCCACCUUGAAAGAAGAGCUGCUGUCACAGCAAGCUACCAUGCGAGAGCUGGCAUUGGUUACAGGAUGUUGCGUAUUCACAGAGCUGACCAAAAGCACCCUGCUGGAGGAGAUGAGGACUAAGAUGGCCCACAAGAGCCAGAUGACGAAGCUGGAAGACCAAGUGCAGCUGCUAACCAGCCAGUUGGAGAACGCAAGCCACGCACUCAGUGGGGCCACCACCCAGCUGGACAAGGAGAAGGCCAAAGUGGAAAGCAUGCUCAGGCAUGAGGAGUCGCUCCAGGCCAAGCAGAGGGCCCUGUUGCAACAGCUGGACUGCCUGGAUCAAGAGUGUGAGGAGCUGAGGGCCAGCCUAGGCGAAGCAGAGGACGACAAGGCUAAGCUGGAGCAACAGCUGAAGGAGACACAGGCUGAGAAGCGGCAGGUUCAGGGCCAGCUCGAAGCCCAGCAGGUCAGCGUUAAUGUCCCCAGAGCAGCAAGGAGUUCCUUCAGCAUGCAGCAGCUAAUGGAGAACCUGCAGCAGGAGAAGCUGAGCUUCGAGCAGUCCACAUCCGAACUACUCAGGAACAUCUCCGAGCUGGAUGAGCUGCUCCAGGAGCUGAAGGAGAGGGAGAGGCUGCUGGUGUCCUUUCCAGACCUCCACAUCCCUGCUGAGGCGCAGUUUGAGAGGGAAUCCUGUUUCAUUGCAGGCACUGGGGACAUCGCUGAUGACAUGGAAAAGCAGCUGCAGGCGAACAACAUCCGCAUCAGUGUCCUGGAGGAAGAGAACUCGCGGCUCAGGACCGCACUAGCCAAAAUGAAAGAAGCGGCCCAGCAAGGAGUGUUAAGACUCAUCCCGCAGACCCAGCUCUGGGCUUGCUCCUCCUCCAGGACUGGCUCCAAGGACGGCAUGAUGGACCCCCACAAGGCUUCCACAGGCAACCCUGCCCUCGCACACAGACCUCCAAGCAGCACAGUGCCCCAUCGGCUUGCGAGUGGCCAAGCCAGCAGCCAGAGCACAGCACUCCAGAGACCGCCAAGCAGCCAUCUAAAGCCAUCCUCCGCAGAGGCCACGUGGAAGGCAAUGUCCUGCGUCUCUCUUCCAGUCGAGAACUCGACCAUCAACACUUACGCCAGACUGAAAGGGAAAGGCAGCGCAGCCAGAGUCCAGGCCCGCUCAGCUCACAGCCCCAGGAACCACCAGAAAUAG